AUGGGGGGAUAUGUUGGUAACGACCCUUGCCAAUCUCCAACGUUUGGACAGUCCUUGUCUCUUAGAGUGGAUGGGGGCUUCAAUGCGGUAUCUAUUAAUCCAUCCGGUAGGGACGUUGUUUUAGCUAGUCGAACUGGAUUGUACAUCGUGGACAUAGAUGACCCUUUUUCACCACCGCGAUGGCUGCAGCAUAUAACUUCUUGGCAAGUGGCCGACGUCCAAUGGUCGCCACACGCGGCCAAGCCUUAUUGGGUUGUAUCCACAUCGAAUCAGAAGGCUAUUGUCUGGAAUCUUGCCAGAAGUUCUUCAAAUGCAGUCGAGCAUGAACUGCACGGCCAUACACGGGCUAUAACAGACAUUAACUUCCAUCCCAUACACCCGGAAUUGCUUGCGACAUGUUCGAUAGAUACCUAUGUGCAUGCCUGGGAUAUGCGUUGCUCACAGCGUCCAUUUUACGGAACCAGUGAUUGGUCAUCCGGCGCUUCACAGGUGAAGUGGAAUUUCAAGGAUGCCAACAUCAUUGCAUCAUCACACGCGAGUACUGUCUUCAUCUGGGAUAUUAGAAAGGGCUCUGUACCACUGUACCGUUUAAACGGAAGCGGAAGCAGCGUGAACAACAUAGACUUUAAUAGGAACAAUGAGUGCGAGAUAAUGUCGAGCUACAAUGACGGGACGAUCAAAUUUUGGGAUUAUGGUCACGAACCGGCAAGCGCACAGUUCACCAUAAACGCGGAUUUUCCGGUUUGGCGAGGUCGUUACUUACCUUUUGGGGAGGGCUGCUGCGUAAUGCCGUUAUAUGGAGGGAAUAACUCUGUAUAUUUGGUCAACAACAAUUGGAAACAUGAGGAUAAUGAUGAGAAAGAGACCAAGCUACAGCCCAUAUACGUUUUCAAGGGCCACACAGAUAUUGUGAAGGAUUUUCUUUGGCGUUCGAGGCACUCAUAUGAUAGCUCAGUUGAUGAUCGUGAGUUUCAGCUAGUGACUUGGUCAAAAGACUGUGAUCUUCGGUUAUGGCCUGUUACACAAGCAACCUAUGACAAAGUGAAUUUUGAGCGGAACAAGCAGUUGCAAGAGAAGCUGCCUAAUUAUGAAUACGUCACAUACAGGAAAGAGCCGGAAAAGGUGAAGGCUAUAAAUCAUCAGUAUAAGGUUUUACGAGAAACGUUUGUUACGAAUUCAGGUCUGCAGAAUAGCAAAAAUAGCUUUAACCAUCUAGAUUGGGUUUCUGGAGUAAAGAUGAAUCAAUCUAACUCUCCUCAUGACUUCUUCUCUGAACGUACCUUACAAAACCUUGGGGAGGAAGUUAGCCAGGUUGGUCAUAAAUUUAAGAGAAUAAUAUUCGAGCGAAUCUCUGUAUCUACUGGUGAAUUAGUUCUCACUCUAAAUGGACCAUGGGUCGAUAAAAAUCCAGACGAAUAUGUAUUCCUACGGAUAGAGAUUAAGUUUCCCGAGCAAUACCCCGCGAAGGGGAACCUUCCUAUCUUUAAAGUGGAAGAAAAUACCGAUUUGACAGCAGAGAGAAAGGAAUAUUUGCUUUUGAGGCUUGGUGAUAUCUCCCGUAAGUACACUGAUGCAGGGAAAUAUUGCCUUGAACCAUGCUUGCGUUUCUUGCUAGGUGAAAAUGUGAAUCUGGAUAUCUUGGAUGAUGAAGACGAGACAGAGCAGUUGCUGAAUCUCGAUUUAGUUGAUGCUAACAGCGAAGAAUGCUCUUCGUUACCAUCCUCUGAUGACAAGCUGGACUUGCCAGAUUUAUCAGGCUCCGAAGAUGAAGAGAUCAGUGGAUUUCAGGCAAGCAUUGCAGGCCAUAGCAAUGAGUUUUCGGAAGCUUUCGACAGUACCCCUGUUCCUAAGGGCUGUGGUGCUGUAUGGACAGCAACUGGGUCUUUAAUAUGCUUUUUCAUGACGGAGGUUGAUAGGAAACCGCAGCUCGUCUCUACUUAUGGAGCACGAUCGAAAACUUCAGCUGGCCUGAAGCCCACCCUACCCAGUGACAGGACAGAGCGCUUAUAUGACGACCAACCAUUUACUUACGAGAAGAUUGAACGUCCAAAGAGGUAUGUGGAAACCUUAUCCGCUUCCUCUCAUCAUCAUAGUGAGUCGAUCCAAACAGAUGAUGAAUCUGACCCGAAUGAGAGCGAUGGUAGUUUUGCGGAUGACUGGGGAGAUAUUCUGAAGAACGAUAUUACGCUUCGGACAAAGAUGCCUAUUUUCCACACCAACUUCAACAACCCGAUAUGCUCAAUACGUAGCGAAUCGGGACGGACUGUUGACUCUAAAGGCAAACCCAAAAACGUUAUUGUUAUCCAUGACUUCAGCCAUCUAAUUCCCGACAAAAUCACAUUGGCACUUGAAUACCGUCUCAUGGGAGAUACCCCUGAAGCGCUUGCUAGACACAACUAUAACGUCGCGGAAAAGUAUGGUGUGCAUGAGAUUGCACAGUGCUGGAACUUACUUGCGAACCUACUUAUAGAUAGAAACUCUGAUGAGAUUGACCAUUGCAGCUUCGACAAACAUGUCAUGGGUGCUAGGUGGUUUGUGAAGGAGAUAAUACGCUAUUUUGAACUCACUAAAAACAUUCAAAUGCUCGCGAUGAUAGCUUGUAUACUGGUAGAUCCAGGCCGUCGUAGCAAUGAUUCGAACUCUCAUUUCCUCCCGAGGAAACACAAGCACACCCUUCUUUUCCGAGGCGAGCACUACAAGCCAACGGCCAUGUACUCCCAAAUGCAUCCAUCUAACGACUAUAUCGGGACUCCUGCUACAGCAUAUGAGUUGUCGCAUGGCAAAUCGCGGCCCAAUCACGAGACAUCUUCUCUACCCUCUGAAGAAUACCUAACCACAAACGCACGCCACUGCUCAGGCAUGAAGUCGCGCUCUUCCAGUGUGUUCCCAUAUAUGGAAACCAACUAUACCCAGCUUCCCGAUGUUAGCAUCGAGAUCCUUGAUGACGACAUCCUUGACCUCCCCGGUGGCAGGCUACCACCGCUACUGGAUCCUGCACAGGAGCCCAAGUUUCGCAGUUAUCGGAGACAAUAUGCAGAGCUGGUAUACUACUGGGGGCUGCCUCUCCACCGCGUCAAGGUGCUAAAGUUCAAUGUCAAUGAGAAUACCGAGCCGGAAAUUCUUCGUGCGCUCGACCAGGGGAUCUCCGGACAAGACGAUUUUUACAAAGGUAUACAUUACAAGUGGAUCGAGCGAUCCUCUGCAAUAACACACAGUUGCGCAUACUGCGGCUUGCAGGCCAAGAAGCGCAUAUUCUUGUGCGGGAGUUGCCAGCAUGUUCUCCAUGCCUCUUGCGCUGCGGAGUGGUGGGAAAAUGACGAUGAAUGUGCUUCAGGAUGUGGGUGUAACUGUCCCUAUAUGUUCUCCCACGCACCAUAA